AUGGCUCUCACAGAACUCUUGGUCUCUCCCUGGGCACCCGUCGCCCUCGCCGUGGCUCUCGUAGCAUGGUACAUCCUCCCAUGGAUCAGCAACUCCAACCUCCGCGGUAUUCCCGCCCCCUUCCCUGCGCAAUUCACCAAUCUUUGGUUGCUAUCGACAUGUCGACGUGGAAAGCGCUACGAGAUUGUUGAUCAGGUCCAUAAGAAGCUGGGUGUUUUGGUUCGCAUUGCGCCGAAUCAUGUUAGUGUUGCUGAUGCGGAUGCUAUCAACACCAUCUACGGUCACGGAAAUGGUUUCCUCAAGGCUGACUUUUAUGAUACCUUUGUCUCUAUUCGGCGGGGUCUCUUCAACACUCGCGACAGAGCUGAGCACUCUCGCAAGAGAAAGAUCGUAUCGCAUACUUUUGCGCCCAAGUCUGUUUUGGAGUUUGAGCCUUAUAUCCGACAGAAUCUGGAUAUCUUUAUCAACCAAUGGGAUCGCAUUGCUAGCAACAAGGAUGCUGAUGGCUAUGGAAGCGUUGACUGCCUCAACUGGUUCAACUUUCUUGCUUUCGAUAUCAUUGCUGAUCUCGCUUUUGGCAAGCCUUUCGGCAUGCUCUCAACUGGUGCCGACAUCGCUGAAGUCAAGGCCUCUCCCACCAGUCCUACCAUCUACGCCCCAGCCGUCGAGAUCAUGAACCGCCGCGGCGAGGUCUCCGCCACUCUUGGCUGCCUGCCACAACUCAAGCCCUACGCCAAGUAUCUCCCCGACCCCUUCUUCAGCCAAGGUCUCCAAGCCGUCGAGAACCUCGCCGGCAUCGCCAUCGCCCGCGUCAGCGAGCGCCUCGAGCGCGGCGGUGAUUCCACCCGUAAGGAUCUCCUAGCUCGUCUCAUGCAGGGUCGCGAUGAGAAGGGUGAACCUCUUGGUCGUGAUGAACUCACCGCUGAGGCACUUACUCAACUCAUUGCUGGAAGUGAUACUACCUCUAACUCUUCUUGUGCGCUGUUGUAUCAUGUUGUUAGAACGCCUGGAGUCAUGCAGAAGCUGUUCGAGGAGAUUUCCGCUGUUGUUCCCGAGGACGUUGCUAUUCCCGAUUACGAAUCUGUCAAGCAUCUUCCCUACCUUGGCCACUGCAUCAACGAGACUCUGCGCAUUCACUCCCCCUCUGGUAUCGGUCUGCCCCGCGAGAUCCCCCCCAAUCACAAGGGUGUUACUCUCCACGGACGAUACUUUGGCCCCGGCACUGUUCUCAGCGUGCCAACUUACACGAUUCACCACUCUACUGAGAUCUGGGGUCCUGACGCUGAUGAAUUCAAGCCUGAACGUUGGGAGAACUUGACGGACAAGCAGAAGAAUGCUUUCAUCCCUUUCAGUUACGGACCUAGAUCUUGUGUUGGCAGGAACUUGGCUGAGAUGCAGAUGAGACUUAUUGCUGCUACUUGGAUUAAGCGAUAUGAUGUUCGUUUGAGGCAGGAUAUUAUGGAAACUAGGGAGGGUUUCUUGAGGAAGCCAAUGGGAUUGGAUGUUGGAUUGGCGCGACGAUGA